UCUCUCCUCACUCUCACCCCUCUCUCCUCUCUCUCCCACUCUCUCUCUCUCUCUCUCUUUUCUUUGUUUUUUCGUCACUCCUCUAAAAUCCCAAAUCGAGUUAUGGAAAUAUCAAAUACUUCGAAGAUUUAGCACCCAACAAAAAAAAAAAAAAAUCCUAAAUUCACUGCGAUAACAAAGCAGCUCUUCUGAUAUUACAAAAACAAAAGAAUAGGGAAGUUUCCAUUUUUAUAAAUCCCAUUGAUGUGUACGGACACACCACCGAAGAAGACUUGUUCUAUCUCCUCCUCCUCCGCCGCCGUCGUCUUCUUCAUCAUCGCCGCCGCCUUUAAAUGGGUGAGCCCAGUGACAGCAUCGCUCUCUCUAAUCUCCUUCUCUGCCACGAAUCCGAGUCUUCUCUAAACGAAGACGACGAGAGGAUUGAGAGAUCUGAGCAAGAAGCUCACUUUGCUACUACGAUCGAUGAUGAAGAUUAUGUGGCAGAGCUUGUUCGUAAAGAGAAUCAGAGAUUCGAUACCCAACCCAGUAAAACGUCGUCGUCUCUCGAUAGAUUGGUUGCAAUCAAUUGGAUUCUCACUACAAGAACAAGAUUCGGAUUCCAACAUCAAACAGCUUACAUUGCAAUCUCAUACUUCGAUCUGUUUCUCCAUCGAAGAUUCAUCGGUCUGCAGAGUGAUGAAUCAUGGGCGAUUCGAUUGUUAUCAGUAGCUUGUUUAUCCUUAGCUGCUAAAAUGGAGGAACGGACUGUUCCUGGACUGUCACAAUACCCGCAAGAUCAUGACUUUGUUUUCAAACCCGAUGUGAUUCGCAAAACUGAAUUGUUGAUCCUAUCGACAUUGGAUUGGAAGUUGAACUUGAUCACUCCUUUUCACUACUUGACCUACUUCGUUGCUAAAAUCUCUCCGGACAAUAACAACCAAUCUGUUUCUAAAGAGUUGGUCUUGUUAAGAUCCUCUGAAUCUCUUCUUGCUCUAACUAAAGAGGUAAGGUUUACGGAUUAUAGACAGUUCGUUGUUGCUGCUGCUACUACAAUGUUAGCUUCUUCUUCUACUUCAUCGGUUAUUAGAUUAACGAGAGAGGAAAUGGCCAACAAGUUUGGAUCCAUCUCUUGGUGGACGUCUACUGAGAAUGACAAUGUAUAUUUGUGUUAUCAGAAAAUGCUAGAGAUUGAGGAGAGGAAACAUAUGACACCACCACCGCAAACAGCGGUUUCCCGCGAUAUACAACCGCCGGCAUCAGGAAGCGGCGCUAAACGCCGAUUGUCUUUCGAUGAUUCUGAUCAAACUGAUCCAGCCAAGAGAAUCCGUAGGCUCUGAGGAGAAGAGAGUUUUCUUUCUUCUUGGAGUUUUUGCCUUAUAUUGAUUUGGUUUCUCUUUUUCUUCUUCUUUUUGGCAACAUAUUUAUUU